UUAUACAUAAAGCCAAUAUACAGUUUACAUAUAUAAUUUACAACUUAUUAGUAGCGUCUAAGUAAAUUUAAGAUAUGCAUAAACUUUGUACACGUAUAACUUUUAAAGUAAUGAUCUUCAUACCUUAAAACUAACAUUUUUGGAUUUUAUUUGUGAAAAGUAAAAAUCAUAUACUAUAAAAAGAGAGUCAGAAAUUCGAUAUGUAUAAAAGACAAAGUUCAGGAAAAAUAUAUAAUUCAUAUUCAUUCAUUCAUAAUAAAAAUAAUAAUUUAAAAUUAAGACGAAAUAUUCGCUUUACUCGAGUGUAACUUUUAACAGCUUAUAGAUUGCAUGUGACUACAAUUUCAACGCUGUGAGUACUUUAGGUUAAUGAUCUCCGUGUUGUAAAACUGGACCUUACUUAUUAAAAACUACGAGAAGAAAAUUGACGUAUUCCCAAAUAAGUUUAACCUCAAUAUUUUUUUAAAGAAUGUUAAAAUAUAUCGUGCCUUUGCUGUUAUGUUCUGUUCAACCGUGAUUGCUUUUUGAGGUUAGAAAAAGACAACAGACUCCAUACAUUAAAGUGAAAAAUAUACCAAAACAUUUUGUAAUUUUAGCAAAAUUGAAAUUAAUUGAAAUAAUAUAAAUAUGUUUUCAUAUAUUCGUCAAACAUCAGUGCUACGUACAAUUAUUAGAAAUGUAUACAUAAGUACUAUUGAGCAGAAGGUUGGUAAAUAUUGGCAAUAUGUGGUGAAUAAUUGUGAAAAUGCAUUAACACAACCUAGUACUAUAUCAAAAGAAACAUGGGAAAAUGUAAGAAAACAUAUCAUAGAAUCACAAUGCGAUCCAUCCACUCUUGAUUUUGUUAUUCUAGACAUGUUUCAACAUAUGAACUAUCCGGAUGCUGGAAUAUCUUAUUAUAAAUUUUUAAUAGAUAAUAAUUAUAAACCUGAAAUCCCUGUUAUUACUAAAUAUUUGCAGUUGUAUAGCAUAAAAAAUGGUCCAAUAUCAGAACCAGAUAAAGAAUAUAUUUUAGGUUUGUACAAUAAUAUUAGUAAAUUGUAUACUUCAUUUAAUGAACAGCUCAGUAAUGCUUUUAUUGAAUGCUUAUGUAAAAUGGACAUGUGGAAGGAAGCUAUUAAAAUUAUAAAAAUACACGAAGAAAAUGAUAAAUAUUUGCUUCGAACUGGAUAUACUAGCUUAAUUUCAUAUUUAUUUGAUCAUAAACAAGAGGAGUUGGCAUAUGAAUAUCUCAUGCAUAGCCUACAAAACAGCUAUGGGCCUUAUGACAGUGCAUAUACUACGUAUUUAAAAUAUUGUUUAAAAGAAAAAGACACAUUUAAUAUGAAAAUUGAGAAGUUAUUUCUAAUGUGGAAUGCAUAUGGUAUUAAACCUAGUCAAGACAUUGCAUUUGAAUGUAUGAAUGCAUGUAUUGAAUGUGGUUGGUCUGUCAGUCAAACUGUAAUAUCAAGAUCAAGGUGUCAGAAGUGUAACGAAGACAUUUCACAACAAAGUUUACCUGACGAGGACUACGAGCGUUUAUUGCAAGCUACAAAGAAACGUUUGAUCUUUAAAGAAUUGCAUUAUGUAACUGAGCCGCGAGAGAUACAAUCGUUUAUAAAUUUUAUUAAUAAAAAUAAACCAUAUGACAUAAUCGCAGAUGGAUUAAAUAUUAUGUAUGUUGCUAAAAACGGUAUCAAUAAAGAUCUAAUAUAUGAAAUCAAACGGAUUUUCAAAUCUUAUGAAAAGCAGAAUAAAAAGGUAUUAAUCAUUGGAAAAGCACAUAUGAAGAAGUUUAUAGCCAAAAUAGGUCUGCAAAGUGUAGAUUGUUUCUAUGUUAAAAAUAGCUCAAACGAUGAUUUAUUUCUAUUAUAUGCGGCAUUUGCAAGUAGAAAAAAUGGUAGAAUUAUUUCUAAGGACUUGAUGCGUCAACAUAUAUUUGCUUUGCAAGACAUUGAGUUAAAUGCUCUCUUUAAAAAAUGGCAGUUAUCGCAUCAGUUUUUUAUUGAUGUAAAGAAGGGUUUCAUGCAGUUAAAUUCACUGUUUCCUAUUGACGCGAUCGUUCAAAAGCAAAAUAAUAGUUGGCAUAUACCGUAUGUCGCUAAUGAUAAAAUAUCUAGAAUGAGGCAUACAUGUACCAAUGACUGGCUGUGCUUCAAAAUGCAUUAAUAAAAUUAUAUGUAUAUAUUUUUAUAGAAAUUUUUAAAAUUACAUCUAUUUUAUAAAAAUAACUUCUUUUUAAAUAUAUUCACAUUUACAUAAAUAUGAAAAUAUGAAUAUAUUAAACAGGACGGUGUUAUGUUUGAUACUGCGUAAAAUGUUGUCAUAAUAUAUAUGUAUAAUGCAUUACGUAUUUUCUUUUAAGUUUAUUUUAUAAAUAUAUAUAUAUUAUGCGAA